CAAGAGUUGGCUACCCCGAACCACCUGUACCUUCAAGAUCAAGAUCAAGAUAAGGCACCGUGGGAGAGGCAGGCUGACGGCGGCGCUGGUGUUGUCUGUGUGUGUGUAUGAGUGUGGAUUUUCUUCCCUCUCUUAUCACUGAGGAGGAGCAGAGGGUGACAAAAUGGCUGCGGCGAGGUUUUCCGAGUUGUUCCGAGUGUCCAGGGCUGCGGUGAUUGCCAUGGUGCACGUGAGAGCCCUGCCUGGCACCCCUCUGGCCCACCACAAUGUUGGGGACUUGGUGAAGAGGGCAAGGAGGGAGGCUGAAAUCUAUGUGGAGGCUGGCGUGGACGCAAUACUGGUUGAGAACAUGUUUGACCUGCCGUACGUGAAGGGUGACCAGCUGGGCCCGGAGGUGGUGGCCUGCAUGACCCGGGUGUGUCACGAAGUCAGGUGUGUCACCCCCCCACACCUGCCUUGUGGGGUGCAGGUACUAGCGGGGGGCAACCAGGCAGCCAUCGCCAUUGCCCAGGCUAGCAAUUUUCAGUUUGUGAGAGCAGAGGGGUUUGUGUUUGGCCAUGUGGGUGACGAGGGACUGACCGAGGCGUGCGCUGGCCCCCUCCUGCGCUACCGGAGGGCUGUGGGGGCUGAGGAGGUGCUGGUGCUGGCCGAUAUUAAGAAGAAACAUUGUGCCCAUGCCAUGACAGGGGACGUCACCAUAGGGGAGACGGCAGGGGCGGCGCAGUUCUUCCUUGCCGAUGGUGUGGUGGUGACAGGGGCGGCGACAGGGGCUGAGGCUGACACGGAAGAGCUGCAGGAGGUGCUGGAGAGUGUUGACCUGCCGGUGCUGGUUGGGUCAGGGGUCACCAGGGACAAUGUACACACAUACAUACGUGCACAUGGUCUCAUUGUGGGGUCUCACUUCAAGGAGGGUGGCAGGUGGACAGGUGAGGUGGAGCCAGAGAGAGUGAGGCAGUUCACUGAGCUCGUUAAGAGGCUGAGAGAACAGGUAAAGGACUAAUUAGAGACAGGUGGUGAUGGUGGUUGAUUGACAGACAGACAGACAGACAGACAGACAAGUUACAUAAAUAUUGACAGACAGACAGACAGACAGAUAAGGUUAGAUAAAUAUUGACAGACAGACAGACAGAGAAGAAGGUAAGGAAUUAAAAGGUAAAAACUAGUUAAUUUGCUUGUAAUUGUUGUUUUUUGUGUUAAAUUGUUGAGUUUAUGAAUAUUCUGUAUUUUAUUUAUGUAAUGUAUUUUUGUAUGAUGUAUAAAUUGGUAUGAAUAUUGUCA